AUGCGCGUCCCGCUGCACGGCUUCUUCUGCGAGGUGCUCGCCCACUUCGGCGUCGAGCCGAGCCAGAUCGCGCCCAACGGUUGGCGCCCCAUGGCGGGCUUCGUCGUCCUUUCCCACUUCACCGGCGUGGCCCCGUCACUCCCCGUGUUCCGGCACUUCUUCACGCUGUGCGCGUUCAAGUUCAAGGGGGUGGGGUGGAAGGAGGCCUUCUUCUUCCUCAAGUCGCCAACGCCGUGGCCGUGCCGCGUGAAUUGGGGCGCCCUCUCCAGGGGCUCCACUGUUGAGCCUGUACUCACCAGAGACAAGAAGAGCGUGGCGAAGAAGCUGCUCCGUGUGCACGGCGCGGCGGUCGAUAUCAAGACAUAUCUUUCCGAGAGCAAUCUUGCUGCUGCAAUGAUCACCAGUUCAUCAGCGAAGCCGCCGCCGGCGUCGGCGGUUCAUACUACUAGCAGUGCUAGUGCCAGAGGGAUCGAUCCUUCCGUGUACGAGAUGAUGAAGAAACUGCAGGCGGCAAAGGCCGUGCAGGAGCAGGCGUCUGGAGUUACGGUGAAGAGUGAGCCUGGCAGCGACACGCCGUUGUCUGGGAAGAAGAGGAAGGCGACGGAGGACGCCGCGGAGCAGGGUCCAUCUCGCCCUCAGCCGAGCACGCCACUUGGUCAUGCCCACGGCUCGUCGGGCGUGUCACCUUCUCCGCCGGGCUUCUCCACCCAGAAGUCAUCGAAUCUUAGCCCGCUAGAGCAGACGUUCUCGGCGGCGAAGCCCUCUGACGUCAUCACCUCGAGCUACAUGACAGCGCUACAGGCCGCGAACUACGCGUCGUUCUCGCUGGGCUACGCGCUGGAGCUCGCGGCGAGGGAGCGCAAGGCGGACGCGCUGCUGCAGGAGCUGUCCCAGGCCAAGGCCGAGCUCGCCGGCGCGAAGAAGGCGGCCGCGGAGGAGCUGAGGAGCGCCGCGGAGGCUGCGGUGCGCGAGUUCCGGGGCUGCACGGAGCAGGUGCUCCGGUUCGCCGAGCACGCGCUGCCCGGGUACGAGAAGGGUAUGGAGGAUAUGAAACGUGCCGUGCUGCGCCGGUACCCGCACCUCGACCCGGAGCAGCUCGUCGUUCCGGCGGACGGCGGCGGAGGUAAGUAG